AUGGAGGACAAAAUCCAUGUCGAGACCCGUUACAAUGAAGAAGAUUUCGAGGGUCGAUAUGGCCUGUUCUGGAGGGUCAGCUACUGGAUUGACUCGUUCGGCGAGGCCCGCGGCAUCGACCGCCAACCGCCUGAUUUGCGCGGCAAAGGAGACUACAAGCAGUUUGGCCGUCUGCUUUUGAUUUGGUUGGGUGCAGUAGGCUCUAUGUCUUCGAUGAAUGGUUUUUUCGUCGGCCCAAUGGUUUACGACCUGGGCUUCAAAGACUCAAUGACCGCAGGUAUCUGCGGAUGCUUUGUUGGCACACUGGUAGCUGCCUAUGGCGCUGCUAUGGGUCCUCGCUCUGGUCUCAGGCAAAUGGUCUCGACAAGAUUUCAGUUCGGAUGGUGGCCUGCCAAGUUCAUCUCCCUACUCAAUGUUCUGACCUUGCUGGGAUGGUCGGUGGUUUCUCUGGUAACCGGUGGUCAAAUGCUCAAGGCUAUCAACCAUAACGUGCCUUUGGAAGUUGGUAUUGUUAUUAUGAUGGUAGUUUCUUUGUUCAUUUCAAUUUUUGGCAUCAAUUACCUGGUAUACUUUGACCGAAUCUUCGUGCUCCCCACUCUGGUCACUUUCCUGCUGAUUUAUGUGUGCACUGGUGCUAACUACCCAGCUAGCUCGCCUUCUAUUGGCGACCCAGAGACUAUUCGUGGCAAUUGGGUAACGUUUUUCUGCUCGGCAAUUGGUAUUACAUCUACUUGGAUUGCGGUUACUUGUGACUACUUCUUGGACAUGCCCGAGUCUGUAUCUUCCUGGAAAGUGUUUUUCUUCACCACCGCUGUUAUGUUCCCGGUCACUGUCUUCUGUGGUAUCCCCGCCAUUGGUAUUGGCUGUGCCGCCAAAUACGGUAAAGAUACUUGGCUGCAAGCCUACAACGAUCUAGGCAAUGGCGGUAUGCUAACGGAGGCCAUGUCUAAAUGGCAUGGCGGCGGAAAGUUUUUGGUGGUGGUUCUUUACAUUUCGCUGGUCACGAAUAACAUCUCAAACAAUUACUCAAUUCCCCUCAGUGCCCAAGUGUUUGGACGCAUCUGGACUAAAACUCCGCGAUACAUUCUAUGCAUUGUCACUGCAGUUAUUUAUCUAAUUCUGGCCCUUGUUGGACGACUCAGGCUGGCUGACAUCUUGUCCAACUUUUUGCCUAUGAUUGCGUAUUGGUCUAUGAUGUAUUUCGUGAUUCUGUUUGCGGAAACGUCCAUCUUCCGUCGCAAACCUUACAAUGAGUAUCAGUGGGAGGAAUGGAACACGAAAUCACACUUCCCCAUCAUGUGGUCCGCCAUCAUUUCUUUCUGUUGCGGCAUUGCUGGUGCAGUUAUUGGAAUGGACCAAACGUAUUGGGUCGGCCCCAUUGCUAAGCUGGUAGGCCGUGACGGCGCGGAUAUGGGCCUGUUUUUGAGCUCGGGCUUCACGUUUCUCACAUAUGUGCCUCUCCGUUGGGUCGAGAUUUAUUAUAGAGGCGAAACACCGAUCCGUCCUUGA